AGGGGGCAAGGAAGGGAUCUGUAAUAAAUUCAGACUCGCACUCUUGGCGCCAAUCCGAUUUAAAGAGAAGAAAAAAACAGCGAUUUUUUCUGAUUGAUGUUUUAACCAAAUUAUUUACCCAACUGCGGGUUCUCCCACAACCAUCAGUCGGUGCUCCAGCCAGCUAGCCUCGUUAGCACCCUGUCCAUCAUUGUCAUAUUAAUCUGGCCCCUUCCCUCUGCCUGUAGCGACUCAUAACUCAACAACAGUACAGCACGGGGACAAUAGGUGUGUUUCUCUCUCCGGGGGAUCGAUAAGACACGGCAGCGGCAAACAUGGGGAGGAAGUCCAACAGAGCAAAGGAAAAGAAGGCCCGGCGUCAGGAAGAGAGGGCAGCCAUGGAUGCUGUCUGUGCCAAAGUGGAAGCAGCCAAUAAGCUUGAUGACCCACUGGCUGCCUUCCCAGCCUUCAAAAAGUACGACAGAAAUGGGCUCAACCUGCAGAUAGAGUGUAAGAGAGUGAACACCCUCAACCCGCUGUCUGUGGAGUGGGCCUUCGAACUCACCAGAGUCAACAUGCAAACACUGUAUGAGCAGAGCGAGUGGGGGUGGAAGGAGAGGGAAAAGAGGGACGAGAUGAACGACGAAAGGGCGUGGUACCUACUGGCCCGCGAUGGAGACUCCGCCCCUGUGGCCUUCUCUCACUUCCGAUUCGACGUGGAGUGUGGGGAGGAGGUUUUAUAUUGCUACGAGGUUCAGUUAGAGAGCAGAGUGCGGAGGAAAGGACUCGGAAAGUUCCUCAUCCAGAUUCUACAGCUCAUCGCAAACAGUACGCAGAUGAAGAAAGUGAUGUUGACAGUUUUCAAACACAACCACGGGGCUUACCAGUUCUUCAGAGAAGCUUUACAGUUUGAGAUCGAUGAUACUUCGCCAAGCAUGUCCGGUUGCUGCGGCGACGACUGCUCCUAUGAGAUCCUCAGCCGGCGGACCAAACACGGCGAGACCCCGGCGGGACACACCCACGGGGGCGGGCACUGCGGCGGCUGCUGCCACUAAUGCGCUCCUCAGUUCCACCUUUUUACGAUUGGUUAAAAGCCAGCAACUGUCAUGGCUGUGUGUGAAAGCUUAAGCGGUCUGCUACUCUGCAAGCGUUUUGAGUUUGCCUGGCUGAAGAGUGCCGUUAAAACCACCAAAACCCAUGGCGGAAUACCUGGCUACAGAUAUUGUUGUCGCAUUAUGGAUUGAGAUUUGUGUGGGUUAUUUUUGUUUCGUGUAGUCCUGCUACAAAAACAGUAAGCAGUGUGAGCUUUCACACAUAGCGCCUGUUCUUUCUUUCUUGGUUCAAUGUCCAAGCCUUCUUUUUUCAUUCUCUUAUCCCAGUUAACGAUGAUGAUGAGUAUUUUCCCGGUCGAGAAAAAAAAGCUACGGCAUUGCUGACAUUCUCGACCACGACAAUGAACUUCAUCUCCCAGCGUGCCGCGCUGUAUUCAAUCAUUCUGCAGCGCUUCUUAAACUCCGGCUCGGGAGCUGGCCGACGGCUGUAUUAUAGAAACGUACUACCUCAAGUCAAGGUGUCGCAGUACAUUUUUCUCAAUAAGUCACAUCCUCAAUCAAGUUACUGUCGAGUAAAAAGGUUUAGUCAGUUUCUGUUAUACAGCCCCGGAUGUCUCUGGGCCUUCACACUGAGACUACCAGCUUGUUUCAAGGAACCAGGGUCCCAAGGAUUAGAUUUAAAGUACCCUGCUGUGCCGUGACACCACCUGUUGUAUCCUCACACGGCUUGGAAGUGAUUUUGUAACGAAUGAAGUGCAGCUAGCAGCAACUCCACAUCGGCCCGUUAUACUACAGUUACAAGAGUACUGUCCACUACCAGGAGCUCAUCUUCUUUAUUCUCCUAAAUCUAGCAGGCAUCUCCCCUGCGUUUUAUUCUUAUAAUUUAUGAGGAGAGAUGGUCCCUUUUUUUUCUUGAUUCAUGCUUUCCCUUUUCCCCCAGUGAGUGAAGAAUCUGCUGCUGUCAAUCUGCGUUCGACCCAGAACAUAAUGACUCCCCCCCCCCCACCAUCCGUUUCCUCAUCAGAGUUGCAUGUCAUGACUCUGAAGACGCGUCUUCAGUCCAUGAAAUCAUUGGCUCUCGUUUACGCCCUUCUUUCCCACCCUCUAGUCAUUGUUUCCACGCUUACAGAUCCACCUCGUUGUAGUGUGUGUGUGUGUGUGUGUUCCCACGCUUCACACCUAUUAAAAAACAAACACCCUCCCAGUCCGUCGCGUUCUGCCGCCCGCUCUCCCUCCGGUGACCGCAGACCCGUUCACCUUCAGCCCCCUUUACACUCCCGCUUGCCUCUUUGUUCGCUUCGUUUCCAAGAGGUACUAAUGAUAAACAAGUUGAUGUUGACGCUACCUUUUUAGCUGUAUUUUUUUUUUUAAAUACUAAAACCAUCCUCCAUCCCUUCUCUUACAUAGUUUGUUAGCAUGAGCAAAUCAUAUUGAUUUAACAAGGAUGAGGAUCGGUAGAAGUCACCGUUUCAUUACGGGGCCGUCUGAAGCUGAUGAAUGCUAUUAACUCGGAGGAAGGAACACAGAUUGGCUGCACGGACGAUGGAAGUGAUUGCAGAGCACUGAGUGUUUUUUUAAUGGUCGUUAUUCCUCUUUUCAUUCGCACCCGUUUGCCAGCCCACUGUCAUUAGUUUGUAUGACAAAGUUUGGAAGUGUUACACAGAACGUGUCGUCUUUAUCAUGAUCAACAGCGCUGCUUGAACAAAUCUCCGAUGUUUCAGUGCAUGUUAGAAAUGUGUGAUGAGGGAGUUGUGUGGAAUCAAAAGUGAAUGCUGACAUUUGGUGUUCCUUCACUUGUGUUGGUACAAGGUCCGUACUCAAAGAUGUGUGCCGCCAUUUGUCCCAGUCAGAAUAAACUGAGUGCAAAGGUUCUUGUUCUAUUUGGGAUUUUAGUUGCCACAUCACUGUCAAUCAAGAAAGGCGGUGAUCUGGUUUAUUCCAUGUCUGUUUACAAAACCUUCAGGGUCAUUUUGGACAGUUUUGAGUGCUGGUCUGCUGGAUAAGAAGCUCCAUCUAGAAACCAACUCUUUUAUUCCAGGGCUAUAGUCAGUUUGUACAGAUUUUCCUUGUGGGCUGGAGAUGUUUAAAAAAAAGAAAAUCACUUUACUGUUCUGCUGUGGAUGUAACGGUUCCUCUAUCUCGUGUGGCUGUGAAGGGCUUAAAUUGGUACUAUUGUUGUUCUCUUUUUUUUUAACGGUCAUAUCAAGGCUCAACUUGAGAUUUAAGUAUGUGAAAGCAGGGCAGACUGAAAUGUGAAGUUGACACUCUUUCUUACACCUAGACACUGGAAGUAAUCUGUUAUCAAAUCUAAAAAUGUUAUGCAUCGCCAAAAAAAUGUUUGGACGACAAAGUCCAUAUCCUGGGGUGAAAGUUUCUGGUUGCUUCUAGACCGGGUGGAGACCCUAAAAUAUUCCGCACCUCAAGACCACAUAUUGGUGUCUCAUGCUUGUUUGAUAAUGAACAACAAAAACAAUGAAACUAAAUAGUGCUUGUAUUAGUUCUAGACUACUUUCUGAUAAGUACAGUAAGUCUUUUUUUGUACUGCAUAGGUUACAAUACAAAGGGGAUGUUGUACAUAGUGGCAGUAGAUCAACCGACUGACAGUCUCUCUCUCUCAGGUUAAUCAAACGUAAUCAGACCUCAUCUGUUUUUAUUUAACAGCCAUGUUCGCUGUAUUGGAUGGACCCCAGCUCUGACCUAGAGUCAGUUUGUGUGUGUCAUGCUGUAUUAUUGUUAUGAUGUGUUGCAGUCAAAGAAAAAGCUCCUCUAUGCCUUGGAAAUGUGAAAUUGCAUCAACGUCAAUAUGACACAACGUUUGAACUGACUCUAGAUCAGUGCUCAGUUGUUACAUUAAAUCCAGAUAGGUGUUUUUUUUUUUUUUUUAAAUAAGAAGAAAAAAGAAGACUGAUAGUUAAAAAUCAGUUUGUGAAAAGAUCUUAAGUUUAAAAAUGAGCCUAAACUCAACCAGUUUAUUUUAAGUCAGUGAGUACUUUUAUUUUGGAAAAUGGUUACAUAGCCUCACCAAAUCACUGGUCCUUCUCUUGGUCUUUUCUCUGUGUAUGUAUAUAUAUAUAUAUAAGCUGUUGUGGAUCAUUUUCAUUUUCAUUUAUUGGCCUUUUACAGGUAAAACACUUUUUAAACAUGUUCAAAGUAAAACUCCAUGUUUGAGAGUGAGUGUUACAGUCCUGUCCAUUAACGACAAUGAAAGGGAAAAUUAAGUCAUUCUGCCUUGUCAGUGUUUUAUUUGUAUGUUACAAAUAAAGGAAAGUUGUUUGACUUUUCAA